UUGUUUCAAUUCACACUAACGUGGAGAUAUUCAGUCCUCGGUUUUGUCUUAAAGGUGCAACAGAGAGCCAGGCAAUCACUGAUUUAUGGAAGCCACCCUGGGAAACAUCAUGCUAUGAGCGGAUGAUUAGAUUUCGUGUGAGUCCACAUUAUGUUUCGAAAAAGUAAAGAAUACAAAACAUAAUUACUCAAUGAAAAUAAAGCGAGAAUUGUGCCACAGCGAAACCGUGACGGAGGAAACUGCAUUUGCCUGUGAGACCGCGCUGAGGGGCAUGGUGAGAGCGGAGGACCCGUCAACAACACUUAGCUAUCGUUAGCUAAACAACAACAUACGACAGGAGAACUAAUGUCCUGCACGUCAGUGUGAAGGGAUUCAUGUUUUCCAGUAAACUGCGCAUUGAAAAGGCAAACAUGAGCCGUCUUAGUCGACCCGGCAGACACGGGACACCCGUGUUCACCAGGGCAACACGCCUCGGGGUAUCAAAGCCUGACCUGGAGAGAGAUUCAGGCUUCUCAGAUGCCAGCUCCGAGUACCUCAGUACAGUCGACCUGACCGACUCUGAAGAUGCAGGAAGGCCGGGGUCCAUAUUCGGCCAGGACCCAGCGGCUCCACAGGUGACUCUGAUGGGAGGCUCAUACGCUGCACUGUCUCCAAUGAUCAUCAUGAACAACUUAGUCCUAAAUCAGCCAGCCAUGAUGGCUCCAGCAGAAAAGCAGUGGGGGUUUUCUUCACCCUUGGAAGUGAUGCCUCAAUCCCAGGUGGUUCUACUCCAACCCAUGGUUUCUAAUAGCAGCAGCAGCUCUGCAAAGACUUGCUCUGAAAAUAUCCGACAUUCAAAAGGCCACAUGCCUGUCGUCAAGUCAUACCCGAGAAUCGCCCCUCACCCCAAAGACGUGUCCACUAAAAGGGUGGGAUCCUCCAGGAUGAGGGGACGUUCAACAUCAGAAAAUGACCAGCAACACAGGAGGCAUCACCGCAGCCACAGGCCUUACAGCUCCCCCAGCCUACAGCUGCCACUGCAGACUCCUGUCAAACCCAUCGCCAACUCUGAAGCAGCAAACACUCCGACACAGGCAGCCGAGAGUCAGGAGCAGCUUAUUGACAACUCUCUCUACCCACUGGCAGACACCAGCUCUCUGCCCCCCUGUACAGAUGAAUUCAGGACAGAGAUGGACGACGACGAGAUCCAUGCUGACAAAUACCAGGACGACCUCUCAAUGGACAAUGACAAGCUGAAACGCUUCAGCAAUACCUACAAUAUUCUCAGCAAGUCGGGCUUGCUGGGGAUCACCUUGCGCACAAAGCAGCUUAUGAAGGAGAAUAAGCGCACCCAAGGCCAGCUGCAGCAACUUCAAGAGCAGACGGCUCUGCUGCUGGAGGCUCUGAGCAGCAGAGACCCACAGAUCUGGACUAAACUCCAGCUCUCUCUGCAGGACACAGAUAAGGAACAGUGGGGCGCUAAAGGUCAGAGACUCCUGGCAUAAUGUAUUGGUACAUGUGACCAGCGAUUCUCAAUCUGGGGGACAGAAUACAAUUUUCAGAAUGUGAAAAAGAUGGUUUCAAGAAAAGCUUUCUUUUUGUGAAAUAGUCAACACAGCACCCAGCAUUUCAAUUAACCAAAAAAACUCAACUAAACUCAAUGCUUUUGUCAGCAGGUUGUUAGUACAAAUUAUCUUAUAUCCGCAGAUAAUGGAGACAAAAUAAUUCAGAUGGUCUAAUCUCUAAAUAUGAAGCUGUAGCACAUUCUCUCUUACUAAGUGGGAGCUAGGUAGCAUGCUUACAUUUCAAACCUUUGCCUAUAAUAGUUUUUCUAGCCUCUGCUGUUUCAAAGAGCAAGUAUCACUUGCAAUAGGGCUAGGCCUUCUAUACACCGAACUGCUGUCUGCACAAGCGCAUGCCUUACAGCAUGGGAGGGCACGUGGGGUUAAUUCCUUAUACAUGCUUUGACUCUCUGAUCUGCAGAGAAAAUAUGAGCAUAAUGUUAACUUUUAAGAUCGCAUAGAAAACCUGAUAUGGAUAAAUGCAUUUUGUUUUUCUUUUACUAAACGCAUCCCUAAUUAUGUCGAUCUAUUUACCUUUAACAUGGUAUAGUAGAUGAAACUGAAAAAGGACAUGCCUCCUUUGUCAGGAAGUAGAUCAGGGGGUUGGCUAAACCAGUACUUUUUUAAUGUAAAUUUGUAAAUAUACAUUUGGUAUCUAUACUAUUUAUUUUUAAAGGGGACCUAUUGUGCUCAUUUCCAACUCUGUUUUUUAUUGUGGGAUACUCUUGAUGCACAAUUCGAAAGCCCAUAUUUAUCUCAAAGUGCCAGUUAUACAGCCCCCCCGGUGGGCUGCUGAUUGAAACAGGCCAUAUUAGUUCUGGACUCCUAAAAUCUUACUCUCUUCUGAUCGGUCACAGAUCAGGAAGCCCGCCAAGGAGUAGCGCACCGAGCACUUGUGAACAACACCUCAUACAUUUACUGUAAAACUAAGUAGCUAAAAUUGAAACGUUAUUCUUCUGUCGCCGAAUGAUGUUUAUUUGUGUGCUGGAGUUCAUUUAAUGUCUAUAAUUCUACUCAAGUAGACUUUUUUUGGGACAGGGGCUGUGCUGUACUUGGAACCUAACAGACAGUAAUUUAUUGGAAAUUAUAGGCCAUGUGUAAUAUGGACAUCUGACAUUGCAACAUUAUGUAUAUGACAGAAGAUAAGGGAAAAGCAUUAUUGGUCCCCUUUAAUACUUGUUUGCAUCCAUCCCCUUUUUGAUGAAUACAGAGGGUUUGGUUGCAGUGGCAGCUACUUAACCCAGGCAGCCAGACAUCUCUCUCUCCCCAGCAACGGUUUACUUGGAAGACUCAAUAUCGAAUCUCUCCAGCAUGUUGAGGGUCUGCCCCAGGGUCUCCUACCAGUUUGCACGUUGAGGGUCUGAUGAAGCCAACAGAGCCGAUCUGUGGCUAUCGCACAUCAAAACUCCACUAGGGUUCAGAUCAGGCAGCCUGUCUCUCCCAGUCUUCUCCCUCCAGGUUUCUCCAUUGUUGCCUACAUGAGUUUUGAAGUUCCCUGAGACAAACUAUAGAGUCUCCAAGUGGUGCCUUUCCUAAGAACUCAGCCACAGACUUAAAGAAACCUGGACACUUGGAACGUCUAUUAGUAGCAUAAGCACAAACGGUCAGAGCCUUCCUCUUUGCGACUUGCAGUAGCAUUCUCCAGGGAGAACUCCAUUACACUCACCCUGGGCAACUCUGUAAAAGGAUUUCAGUUUGGUUCCAGAGCCAGAGCUGUGGGUCGAGGUGAGCCCUGUCUAGUAUCUAACUGGUCCCACUCCACCUCCUGCACCCACUCUGGUUCCUUCCCCACCAGAGGUCGCAUUCUACGUCCCUACAGCUACUUUGUGACAUCAAGGAUUGACACCCUUUCUUUAUUAAGAGAAUCUUUAUCAUUCAAACACAAGAAAACAAGAACCAUAUGAAAUAUUGACAAACAAAGCCAUUCACAAAUAUAACCCAACACAUAUGAUGUUUUGGAGACUGUCUGCACUUGCAGUUGCAUAUGACCCUUUUUCUUGCUGCCUUUUAAUACACUUAUUUUGGCUCUUGCAAGCUCUUCAAAAGACACCUUAAAGGUCCAGUGUGUAAUAUUUAAAGGGGUGAAAGGGAUCUUUUGGCAGAAAUUGAAUAUAAAAUAAUCCUAGUGACGUUUUCACAAGUGUGUAAUCACCUAAAUUGUACAAAUUGUGGUUUUCUUUACCCUAGAAUACCAUUAAGUUCUCCUUCAUGCUUGGGAGGGGAGGGUGAGGUGAGGUGAGGCGUAUUCAGCUGCAACAUGCAACUUCACCACUAGAUGUCACUAAAUCCUACACACUGAACCUUUAAAAUGUGUGGGAGUGUACAAAUUUGCGAGAACUUAAAUUGUUGCAAGUGAAGUGCUGUAGCCACAUAGUUGUCUUGAUUUUGCAUAUGUUGCUGCCAUGCUUAUUCCAUCUGUAGUUAUAAGCUUGAUAUGAUGUAGUAUUAUUUUCAUUUCGUUUUUUAUAACAAACUCUUGCACUUUAGUUACAAGAUUACUGAUAGCAUUUUUAGACAAAUGUUAUGACUUGUUUCUCAAACUGAACAUUCUGUCUUGAUGAAAUAAUGUGAAUAUAAAUGUUUUAACUGGAGGCCUGUGCCUAUUAUAUAUCCCUAUGUUUGUCCAUCAUAUCAAUGCGUGAGCAGCUUAGAUUUCUGUAUUUCUUUGUGAGCUCCAUGUGACUGUUGAAUGUCUCCAAAGCAUUAAAAUUAUUCUUUGAAAGUGUAAAAUAAAGUAUAACUCUAGGAGCACAAUAGAGUCAGAGUUGCAGUGGUAAGAUAAUCAUAAAGUCUUAAAUGGUUCAAUUAUGAAUGUUAAGUCAACUGUUGCAAUACUUACUCAUCAUACAUCUAAGAAAUAAUCAGUCUUGGUUUUCAAAGGGCGGGUUAGAGGGUUACAAUUUAUCUUAAAUGAUUUCUCAGAGUUUUUCCUGUUAUUGUGAAAUGUGCUUUUCUGCAGCAAAAGUCACUUUAAUAAUAAUAAUGAACUGUCAUAAAAUAACAUCUGAAAACUA